CCCGCACGUGGGAGCAAGAGCAAAAGCAAAGCUGGAAAGACAACCUGGUUUGCGGUGCUGACGAUGGCCCAAAGGGUGAGCUUGGCGGUGCUGGUUUUGCUGGCCGUUGCUGUUGCAGGUGUGACGGCGCAGCGGCGACGCGCGCAGAAGCAGACGCAGACCGCUGACACGGACGAAUGGAACUACCGGGACGGCUCUGAUAGGGUGAACAUGAGGGGUGUGGCUAACCUGACUCAGAUCCUGGACAACUGGCGAUUCGACAUCCUCAACCAGAUGAAGGGACUCUUGGAGAACGACCACCAGUCCCUGUUGCCAGACUACGCCAGGAUCCAACCUCUGGCCGAGGCCUUGGAUGAUCUCUACAAGGAAUUCAACGCCCUGAAAACUCACCUAGGUGAGCUGACGGAGAAGUUCACCGCCAUGGAGACCUUCAUGGAUGAGGUGAAGGCCGGGAGAGGAAGCGGACAGGCCCAAAACCAGACCCCCUUGGCCGCCAGCCCCAGGCAAACUGGCAGGCGGGUGAUGAAGAAGAAGACCGCUCCUCCUCCAGCCAGCACCUCUUAAAAUGACCGCAAUUGUUUUUUCACACUUGCUCUGCUUUUUGCUUGUGCCACUAAAUCAUAGGAAAAAAAUACACCAAAAAUUAUUUGGGUGCGUUAAAAGUUUGUUACUAGUACAAAAAAGAUGCUGA